AAAAAGCAUUCCUGUGUUUGGACUCAGAUUGACAGCCUGGAUGUGAAGGCCCAGACGCCUCUGUUCACAGCUGUCAGUCGGAAACAUCGGGACUGUGUAGUCACUCUGCUCAAGGCUGGAGCCGAUCCUAACGGCAGCCAGCACAACAGCUGCUCCCCGGUGCUCACUGCCGCCCGGGAGGGCGACGUGGACGUGCUCCGAGAGUUGCUACAGUUUGGAGCUGAGGUGGAUGUCAAACCUAAAGUACCAGAGUGGGCUUCCAACGCCAGCACCUGCACAGGGCCCCUCUACAUGUCUGCAGUGUAUGGACACCUCGAUUGUUUCAGGCUGCUCCUUCUCCACGGAGCCAACCCGGACUAUAACUGCACCGAUCACAAGAUGCUGGCCAAUAAGCAGCCAAAGACAGUUCUGGAAGCAUGCCUCCAUUACGGCUGUGGGGUGGAGUAUAUCCAGCUUCUCAUAGACUUUGGGGCAAAUGUGUACCUGCUGACACUCACCACCGAUAAGACAACAAAGCAGAAUGAAGCGGUGGCUCUGUUGCUCAAAGAAAGAGUUUGCCCCAAAACACUGAUGUCACAGGCCCGGCUAGCAAUCCGAAGAUACAUCCCCUUCAUUAACAAGGAGCCUGCUGUGGACAGUAUGGACAUUCCUCUGAUUCUGAAGAACUACUUGAAACACAUCUUGUCUGAUAACAUAUAAUGCUCAGGCUAGGACUGAUUCAUUCAGAUCCAUAAGUAAUUGGACAGUGGCAAUUGUUGUGAUUUUGCCUCCGUACAUCUCCUGGCCAGGGUUUCAGUUUAAACACAG